AACUUUGACGUUGAGACAUUUGACAUGUUUAAGUUUACAAACGAAAUGUGGGAUUGUUUGUUUAAAUUAUAACAUUAAAGCCAAAUCGCGCUACUAAAAUAAUUAAUAGUUAUUACCUAUCAGUCACUACAUUACUCUCAAACGAAAAAAAAUACCCAUACAAGGUUGUCUGCCUAAAAAAACCAUUCCUAACCUCAAAAAGUUAACAUGAAUAAUAAUUGUACUGUAUGUGAUUUAGCAGCAAAGUAUAAAUGCCCUACUUGCCGGAUACCGUAUUGCUCAGUACAAUGCUGUAAGAAACAUAAAGAAACUCCGUGCCAACCUCCCCCACUUACGGAAACUGCACCACCAGAAGACACUCGGGAACAAACCUACGAGUACCCCACUGAAGACACUGUUCCCAUUGAGAAGUUGAAAUUGUUAGAAAAUUCUGCUGAUUUGAAGAAAUGUUUAUCCAACCCACAUGUUCGAACCUUGCUAGAAAAGCUAGAUAAGUCCCCAUACCCUGAUGAACUCAUACAAGAAUACAUGCAGGAACCCAUAUUUACAGAAUUUGUAGAUGAAUGCCUUAAAAUUGUUCAACCCAAAGAAGAUGAAACAUGACACUAUAAAGUUUCUGAAAUAUAUUUAUAUCUAAAACCCUAGUGGCCCUGUGUGGAGAAAGAUGGUGUAUUCAAAUAAAAAACUUUAAAUUAAAUAAA